AUGUACCCCGAUCUGUCAUUCGAGGAAGGAAAUAAGAAGCUCAAUGAGUGGUACCGCCUCUACCUGAUUCCAGGAGCGGCCCACUGUGCCACCAACUCUGCUCAGCCCAACGCUGGGUUCCCCCGUGACAACUUCAAUCACCUUAUCCAGUGGGUUGAAGAUGGUAUCACCCCUACGACCAUCAAUGCGACAGUACAGUCGGGCUCAAAGGAGGGUGAAGUUCAGGAUGUUUGCACCUGGCCAUCGCGUCCUUACUACAAGAAUGGCACGCUGGUUUGCCAGGAAAACCAAUCUUCCGUCAAGGCCAUGCUAUGGGACCUGCCUGCUUACAAGAUGCCUGUCUAUUAA